UCAGUCCUACCAUCAGUGUGCGACAUGAUUUACAAGGAACUGGCAAUGGAUGCUGCUAUUGCUGCUCAUCCGAUCACACAGGAAAGAUUACGGUUGAUAUUUUUGGGCAACACUGGUCUUGUCAGAGAUUUACGGAGCUUGAACCCUGGUCGUCCUAGUGGCAAGUUUGACACAUUCUUUGAUGCAUUGUCUGGACAGAUUGAAAACAUUACUGCAGCAGAUGACCGGCGUCAUGGGGUUGCCCAUCUCUCCGAGUUUAUAUCUCUAAAAGAGAUGAUUACUAAAGCAAAGAAUGAAUGCCCAGAAGGAACGCCAAUUCCAUCAAAGAGCCUUGUUAGACUUCAGUUUGCACCCAGGAACCCAUAUUCCAAAACAGCACACAACUUCACAUCGAGAAUAAACGUGCAGCAUAAAAUACAACGCCGCCAAUUACGAGUGUCUCAUCCCGACGACCAUUACUGCAAUGCACAGUUUAAGUAUCUCAAACAGAAAGCCAUCAACCAACAGAACUGCACGCUACUGUUCUGCGAUGACAAGGCAAAAGUGCCCUUUGGAGAUCCUGGUCAUCUUAUAUCAACAGGAGUCCGGGGAAAAAAGACUAUUGUCCCUUCUACCACCACUUUGGUUGCGCUUGAUCACGACAUGAAUCACUCAUCACUCACACCAUCAGUGAUCCUCCAGUGUGAUAUUCCAAAGGAAAUUAAUGACUCGUUUGUUCGUGGACAAGUCACAACAGUCAUAAAUGAUUCUGUAUUGCAGCAGUCAUCUCCUUUUCGGCAUAAUGCAGUGCUUGCUAAACUACUAGCAGAAAAAGAAACCAUGCAACCUAUCCUGAUGAAGUUUACAGAUGGUGGGACUGACCAACGCAACAACAUCGAAAGUGUGAAAUGUGCUACCAUUUGCUUGUUCAGAGAACUUAACUUGGAUAUGAUAAUACUGGGUCGAUGUGCCCCAGGACACAGCUAUGUAAACCCAGCUGAGCGAGUUAUGAGUAUCUUGAAUCUUGGUCUCCAGAACGUGGCACUCCAGAGAGAAGUGUCAGAUGAGGAGAGCGAGAAGUAUUUCAAACGCUGUAAUGGUAUGGCAGACAUGAGAGAGCUCUUGAACACAAAAAAGCCAGAACUGAAACAGUCAUGGAUAGACGUUGUCGAGCCUGUGCAGUCCAUUAUCCGAAAUCGGUUCCUCCGCUUGAGCCUGAAAGAUGUUCCCUUUGCAGCAAUGGAUCCAGUACCAGACACUGACAUUGAUCUCUUAAAGCGACAUCUCCGAGAACUGUUCCCAGAUCUGGACUUGCAGAAGUUAACCAAGGCUCAUGCAAGUAAGGUAGAAUCCUACACGUCUUGGAUGGCAUCGCACAGUAGAUCUAGACACUAUACCUUCCAAGUCAGGAAGUGUGAGGAUUUGUCCUGCUGCUCUGCACCGACACUACCACGGGAACAACUAAAUUGGCUCCCCGAUCCAGUCCUUGAUGCAAGCGGAGACCAUUACCGCCCGUAUUCCGAGGUAGAGGACAUGGAUACAGAUGAGAAGGACAGACCUUCACUUAAGGCAGCCCCUAAGCGAAAGGAAAAAAGAACUGCAGAUGUUGGACAACCAGCUGCUGCUGAGAAUCGAGGUGAAGGAGCUACUGCUGUCGACCGAGAACCUGCUACUUCGGAUCAACAGGAAGAGGAUGCAGCAUUACCUGAACCAGAUCCCCAUUUAUGUACUAGCCAGAAUGCUAGAGCUGUUGUGACAUGUGUGGAGUGCCAAAAGCCUAGGGUCAUAUACAGUAGACAUAAACUAACUGAUAGACAAACAAUGACUGUAGCCCUUGCUACUAGCGAGUUUGAGUAUACUUGCGGCAGCCCUCUUUUGCCACCGACAACAAGCCUAUACACAAAAGUCAUGUGUCGAAGUAACAUCACUUGUUCCACAACAGUUGAGUUGCAAUUUUAUGCAAGCAGCCUGGGACGCACCGAUAUCUGCUGCUUUUGUACAGCAGAAAAUUCAGACGUGGACACACAGUUACUUAAAAAAUACAAAACAGUGUUGCCUAUGUGUGCAUCUUGCACUAGCAAAGGAAAACAGGCAGUAGUAGCUCGACCUUUUUAGGUCAUCUGAUCCGAACAUAAUGAAGCAAUUUGUUUCUCUGUGUAUAGACCAUGAAAAUAUAAUUUACUGUUAGAUUGAUGUGCUUAAUCUGUUGAAUGUUUCGUUUUAUUAAACUUGAAAGAAAUGAUGUUUUAAUGCUGAGUUCUCGAGUAUCUCUUUUAAUAAUACAUAUUAAUUUGACAAACUCUUCCUCAAGGGGAGGGAGACUACCUAAUGUUUAACAAAAUUUACAAAUCUGUCUCGACAUUGAAAUCCAAGCUGACACAAGCAGAAAAUUAGCAUCUUGAUGUGAUUUAAUCUCUCCCAGUUGCUACAGAAGAUGUAAAUACAGAUAAAAUAGUAUAAAACAUACAGUACAUGCAUAGACAAUGAUAAAGUAUGUUGGAGCUGUUCUAAACAUAUAAAAAGGCUGAAAUUAAUGAAGCAAGCAAUGUUUCAAAUGUGUAUGAGGUGCUUUCAAAAGAUGGAAGCCCUGCAAAUAUU